UUAGAAAUAAUAUCACUAUACAGUCAAUGAUAUUAUAUAAACUUUCAGUUGUGCAUGUAAAAAUGAUUCCACUUGCCAAUCUCUCUCUUCCUCAUGUGCUUUUCAAUAUUUUAAUAUUUGAUAUACAUUUGCAAAUGUAUCAAAUCUACCUUAGUACUUCCUGGGGGAAGAUAUUUUUGCAUAUAAGCUUGGGGAAAAAGAAACCGAGAGACCGUUGUUAACGGGAAUUAGAAAAAAAAAAGGAAAAAAAAAGGGUUGUGUAGAAGCUUCUCCAGGCUACUUCCAGUCUCCCAGAAACACAUACAAGCACUUGGCAAGUGUGUAGAAGCUUCGAUACAAUUCUUGGUUGUUCUAAUCCACCGCCUUCUGUUGGCUAUAUGACCACAGUCCACAUUGGUAGAAGUCACUUUCCAAAUCAAUUGUUGCAGAUACAGUAAUACUCACAAAUCAUCCUCUAUUUUCUAAUUUUGUCAUGGCGUCUUUGGCUCUCCGACGACUCGCCGGCAGGAACUUAGCUUCCGGCAGUAUUUUCCGACCACUUUCCGUGAGUCGGUCCUUUAAUACCAAUGCUCAGAUGGCCAGAGUUGAUCACGAUCACGACCUUGAAGAUCGCUCUGACCGUGCUCCUGUCUCACGCCGUCGUGACUUUCCUGCUUCCUUUUUCUCAGAUCCAUUCGCGCCAACAAGGAGUGUGGGGCGGCUGAUGAACCUGAUGGAUCAGCUGAUGGAGAAUCCAUUCAGAGGCAUUGGAAGUGGAGGAGCUACGAGAAGAGGUUGGGAUGUUCGAGAAGAUGAAGAAGCUCUUCAAUUGAAGGUUGAUAUGCCUGGUUUGGCCAAAGAAGAUGUCAAGGUUUCUGUGGAAGAUAACACCCUGAUCAUCAAAGGUGAGGCCGAGAAAGAGACGGAGGAAGAAGAGCAGCGUCGGAGGUACUCUAGCAGGAUUGAAUUGACUCCAAACCUCUACAAGAUCGAUGGUAUCAAGGCUGAGAUGAAGAAUGGUGUGCUCAAAGUUAUUGUUCCUAAACUCAAGGAAGAAGAGAAAAAGGAUGUUUUCAAUGUUAUGGUUGAUUAAUGUGUUGGAUAGUGUUAUGAGCUACUAUGUCGUCUAGUCUUGUUAAGGGUUGACUUUUGGUACUUUAUGCAAUCCUCCUGUAGUUUCUUCCCAAUAAAUUCAAUAAUCCAUGUUAAUAUGUUACAGCUUUUACUUUUAUAAAUUUCAGUAACUUAUUAUUGUAUAAUGAUCCUUAUUUUUGAUAUAUAGCAAAUUUUGAACAUUCAUA